UUGUUUAUUUGAACUGUUUUACGAAUACGAGAGUGGUGUGGAUUUGCAAUUUUCAGCCAUUUGGGAUGGCCUUUUCCCAAUCGCUCGAUAUUGGUAACAGCACUUUGUUGAAUUUAGACAGCCAAGCGCGACAUGCCAUUACCCAAGGAUUAAUGGAGGAUGCGCAACACGACGCGCAAAAUCACUCAAACCAUUGUGCAGACGUUGUCGAAGUUAUACAGGAAUCUCCAGUACAUGAACAACGCUCCAAGCAGUAUGGGAAUGGCAUUGGCUUGUCUAUGUUCAGCAGGUCACGCACGCAGCGUCAACAAUAUCGCAGCAAUAAUAGUAAGACCACUAACGCAGAAGAUGUGGAUUCGAAGGGAAAAGAGCGACGUCGCCUGCGUAAAAGUAAAUCGGACUCCACACUUCCCAAACCCGAGUUGUCAACUGCAAAUUCCAGAGCUGAGAACUACACCGAAAUUUUUCGUAGUGGAUUCACGUUUUCAAUAGAAGGUGAUCAACAAAAAAGUGGGCUUGCUGAGGAAGUUUCAGUCUUGCGCGUUUCCCAAAUCGAAGCAGCAUUUGAAGAAAUAAAGGAAGAAAGCGAGGGAAUAGCUGAAAAUGUCGUAGAAGAUUAUGUUGAUCAUGAAAAGCCGCCCAAUCACGAUUUAGACGCCCCAAUAUUUUCUGAAGAUUUAAAAGGUAUCCUAGAAAAUGUGCAUAGUAUUCAAGUUGAAGAAGAUAUAGCGAAAUGUAGAAAAGCAGCAAAUGAACCAGAAGAACACCAAUUAGAUCUUAGUAGAUUUAUAUGUGCAGACUUAUCCAACUCAGAGAUAAAACAACAAAUAAAAAAAGAGCUUCAAAUUAGCCGCCACGAGGUUUCCAAAUUCAAUGAGGUAUUGGAGAAUACUUCGUUCAGAGAAGGCAAGAAUAACUCCUAUGCGCAGAAAGGUCUUCAAUCGAAGAAAACUUCAACAUCUGCUUUAAAGAUCCCAACUCCAGAAAAGAGCAAAAAUGUUACACAAGACUUAGAAUCGCUUAAACGUAUUAGUGCAUGGAAUUUGCCACAUAGUGUUUUACAGGAAUAUGAAAAGAAGGGCGUUGUUAAAAUGUUCGAUUGGCAAAUCAAAUGCCUAAGCAAUCCUAAGGUUCUAUUCGAGCACUGCAACCUCGUCUAUUCUGCUCCCACAUCAGCUGGCAAGUCACUGGUGAGCGAGAUUUUACUCUUAAAAACUGUUCUGGAACGUGGCAAGAAAGUACUCUUUAUACUACCGUUCAUUUCUGUGGUACGCGAAAAAAUGGUUUACCUUCAAGAUUUGCUAACUGUGGCUGGGUACCGCGUAGAAGGUUUCUUUGGAGGCUACACCCCGCCUGGCGGUUUUGAUAAUAUGCAUGUUGCCAUAUGUACCAUAGAAAAGGCUAACUCCAUCGUUAACAAACUAUUAGAGCAAGGAAAACUUGCCGACAUCGGCACUGUUGUGGUGGAUGAAGUGCACCUGAUAUCGGAUGCUGGUCGUGGAUACAUACUUGAACUUUUAAUCGCAAAGGUGUUGUACAUGUCACGCAAGUAUGGCAUCCAAAUGCAAGUAGUAGCAAUGUCAGCGACGUUAGCUAAUGUGGAAUUACUCAAGCGUUGGUUGGACGCAGAGCUGUUUAUAACGGACUUUCGCCCGGUAGCACUACAGGAGAUGAUUAAAAUCGGCAACAAGAUUUAUGAUAACAAAAUGCGUCUAUUGCGUGAUGUUACCGAACCCCUACAGGCUGAGAAGCAUCCUUUUCCUUCAUUGCAAAACGAUAAUGAUCAUGUGGCACAGUUGUGUAUUGAGACACUACUAGAAAGCUGUUCUGUGGUUGUAUUUUGCCCUUCUAAAGAUUGGUGUGAAAAUUUAGCUACUCAAUUGGCAAGCGCCAUACAAACUCUGAUCAACAGCAAAAGCAGUUGGGGUGAACGGUUACGCGAUCAAAUCAAAAAUGACGCAAUUGAAGAUGUAAAAAAGCAGUUACGUGAUAUCCCAACAGGUCUCGAUGCUGUGCUCGACAAAGCGGUCACGUUUGGCUGCGCAUUUCAUCAUGCGGGACUCACAAGUGAGGAACGCGAUAUCAUCGAGGCGAGUUUUAAGUCAUGCGCUUUGAAGAUAAUUGUCGCCACCAGCACACUAAGCUCCGGUGUCAAUCUGCCAGCACGUCGAGUAUUAAUUCGUACACCACUUUUCGGCGGCAAACAAAUGAGUUCACUCACCUACCGACAAAUGAUUGGCCGUGCGGGGCGGACAGGAAAGGAUACUUUAGGAGAAUCUAUUUUGAUUUGUACACCCGCUAAUGCACGCAUUGGCCAGCAACUGGUUCAAGAGGAUUUGAAGCCAAUAUAUUCCUGCCUCGAGCAAGAGAGUAGUACCCAUCUUAAACGCGCGCUACUCGAAGUGAUUUCUUCCGGCGUUGCUACAAGCAAAGAAGACAUUGAUAACUUCAUAAAAUGCACCCUUUUGUGGGCGGAAAAGCAACUCAGUGAGCAGGGAAAGGACAAAAGUGAAAGCGAUGAUGAACUUUUCAUAACGGAUGCCAUCGAUUUUCUCAUUGAGUAUGAAUUUGUGCGGCUCCAGGUCGAUAGCGAAACGAACAGGGAAAACUACGUGGCUACACGUUUAGGUCACGCGUGUUUGGCCGCAUCUAUGCCGCCUACCGACGGACUUAUACUCUUUGCCGAGUUGCAAAAGUCACGUCGUUGCUUUGUGCUCGAGUCUGAACUGCACGCUGUGUACUUGGUCACGCCAUACUCGGUAUGCUACCAGUUGCAGGACCUGGAUUGGUUGCUUUUCCUCGACAUGUGGGAGAAAUUGACACCAGCUAUGAAGAUGGUCGGCGAACUCAUUGGUGUGAAGGAGUCAUUUCUAGUGCGUGCGAUGCGUGGGCAGACGAAAUUAGACUACAAACUCAUGCAAAUACAUAAAAGGUUUUACACUGCCUUGGCACUGCAGGAGCUAGUGAAUGAGGUGCCCAUAAACACAGUAGCCAUCAAAUACAAAUGCAACCGCGGCAUGUUGCAAAGUCUGCAACAAAUGUCCUCCACAUUCGCAGGCAUUGUCACCGCUUUCUGCAACUCGCUCCAGUGGUCCACUUUAUCAUUGGUCGUAUCACAAUUUAAGGAACGCCUCUUUUUCGGAAUACAUCGUGACUUAAUCGAUUUGAUGCGCCUGCCGGACGUAAAUCAUAAACGCGCGAGAGCACUUUUUGAUGCCGAUAUAAAAACGCUUGUGGAGCUUGCAAAUGCGGAUGUGUUCGAUGUGGAAAAAGUGCUCUACAAUGCUUUGAGCUUCGACUCGGCCAAAAAGCAUGACAAUGAAGCCGAUUAUGAAGCAGAACAGCGAAACCAAGCGCGCGAUUUUUUCAUAACUGGAAAAGUGGGUUUGACGGUAGCUGACGGCGCGAAAUUGCUGAUAGACGAAGCGCGUAAAUUUGUGCAAUACGAGAUCGGCGUGGGCGCAAUUAAGUGGACUCAAGGUGAUACAAAUACAACAAAUGAUGCAGACAGUUUGCAUAUGUCCUGUGAAGGAGAUAGAAAUGAAACUGGAUUGAAACGUAAAAGUGAGAAAAGUUGCAACGAGAAAAAGACUUCAGUAACGCCACCGAAACUGAAGAGGCUGGAGAGCGACAACAGACAAGAAUUAUUGGAAGAGAAGCCGUCAACAAGCAAAGAAAGCCUGUGUGCUUUAAGGCAGCGACAACUGUUACUGGUGGAACAAAAUAAGCCAAUAGCUGGGAAAAAUAGAAAUCGAAGUAGCGAUGAAAACGAAAGAAAAACUGCUUCGAAACCCAGCGGCGAAGAAAAUGUGGCAAUUGCGAUUAAAAAAGAAGCUACAAUGCGACACAUAAAAAUGCAAGGCGAGGGAUCAGCUACAUCCCCUUUUAAAAAAAUUACCAAAUCAAGCAUGCCUCCACCGACCGCAGAAGACGUUAAGGAAAAUAUAAACAUUGCGUACGCUUCCAAUCAAAAUACAGUCGGGAAGACGGUUAAAGUUGUACAAAAUUUGCAGACAAACCAAAAUCAAACUAAUCAGAAAAAUAAAAUGCAUGAAAGAGAAACGAAAAUUGCGGCGCUAAAGUCAAAAAGCGCUGAUUCGGGCGUGAAACGUAAAUCAAUAGAAGGCAAAAGGUCACAAAAAUCACCCAUUGCCGAAACUAGAAAAAAUGGGUUCCGCAAAUCUGCCGAGAAUACAGGAACUGCAAUGCAAUUAUCUACUCAGCAACAGUCCACGAAAGAUUGCACUAAGGCUAAACCAAAUGCCAACGGUAAUGCUGCGGACAGACACACCCCUGUGCUCGUGAAUCACGUUACAAAAACCAAAAACACACCCAACUCUCACAGACAAUCGCCGCAAACAGGGCAAAUUUUGCAGUGCGCGCCUCGUCGAAGUCCACGCAACCACCAACGAAAUUCCACCAAUUCUGCAAAUUCUACUUCUGCGGCAAACACAGUGCCCCUCCCACAAAUAUCCACUACCGCUAAGCAUAUCGACCAAUCCCUUUUUAUGUCUGACGACUCUUUCGAGUUAAAUACGGGCAUUAAUGCGGCACUUGAGAACGCCGAUCAGUUGAACAAUCCUCCAGUGUUAACAACGCUCCAGAAAGACGAUGCAGACGAAAUUCCCGAAUCUCAGCAAAUUGUGCAAGAUGUGAUUGAUUCACCGGUGCCGGCGAAACACUCGGUGCACGCUUCACGUCUACUGCGCACAACACAACGCUUGAAAUCACAUAAGAGCAGUUUGACGAAAAACGAGUCCUCUACCGCCUCAAUGCCAUCCAGCUCAAUAGAGGUGUCUGAGUUAUCACUUGAGAGCUCGCUGCUUAAAAAUCCACUGCAAUUGAAUGCCUCGCAUAUUUUAAAUUGCUCGAAAGUUGACACAGCUUCCUCUAAUUUCAGUCGUCUGGAAGUGGUGGAUAUGUGUGGCGAUCAGAAACUCUUCAACGCCGCAUGCCACGAGCUCAUGGAGGUCAAACGUUUCGGCUUUUGUGUGGGCUUGCAGCAGCAAGAAAAUAAACGCAAGCCAUUAAUAGGUGGCAAUUUGCUAAUUAAUCAACAGAAAAGUGACGAUGCGGCGGAGGACGUUGCGACCGCAAAGGAGUUCCAAAUCGACGACAACGCCUAUCUGGCUGGUUGUGCUUUUGGUGUAACAGAGAACAUCGUUUAUUAUAUGAAUAUGCAGAGGGAAGGCAGCUGCAAAAAUGUGACUACGGAAAUGAAGUGCAAAUUUUUGCGCGCACUGCUAACUGCCAACGCCUGCACAUUGCUUUGCGUCGACGCAAAGGAGCAGCUGAAGAUUUUGUGCCGCAUUUUAGGCGGAUUCAAUGAGCUGCGCGUUGAAAUAGAAGACCCAAAGGUGGCAAAUUGGCUGCUGCAGCCGGACAAGUUCAUGAGCUUGCAUGAAAUGGCGCAACAAUUCGCCCCGGAAUGCGCCGCUCUUGCUGGUUUAUGUGGCAAUGGGCGUAACUACGGCAGUCACGGCCUGCAUACCGCCAGCUGCAUUUUGGCCAAGGUUAGAUGUUCAGUUGAAGCUUGUGUUACGGUGCACAUUCUAAAAGCGCAAAUUGAAAAUCUGGAGCGCAUCGGCACGGGGCAACUGUACAAAUUUUUCAAAGAACUCGAAAUGCCGCUGCAAAACUCGCUUUGCAAUAUGGAGUUGUUCGGAUUCCCCGCGAAUGAAGCUGCCCUGCGCAAAGUCUUCCAGCAGAUGCUGGAAGUGAUGAAAAAGCUGGAAUUAAAAAUAUACGAAAUGCAUGGCGGACGCUUCAAUUUAGGCUCCUCAUCUGCAGUGGCGAAGGUUGUUGGUCUGCAUCGUAAAGCCACCGGGCGCGUCAGCACUUCACGGCAAAUACUGGAAAAGAUCGAUUCGCCGAUUUCCCAAGCAAUCAUUUCAUAUCGAAAAUUAAGCACCACAUUAGCGAAAAAUAUACAGCCACUCCUAAAAUGUGUGCAAAAAGACAGAAUACAUGGCCAGAGCAUAACAUUCACUCAAACGGGGCGCAUUUCAAUGACAGAACCAAAUUUGCAAAAUGUGGCUAAAGACUUUGAAGUCAGUGUUGAAGGUGCCGAAGACGUUACUAUAUUUUGUCGCAGCGCAUUUUUUCCAACCGAAAGUGGGCAAUGCUUGUUGUCAUCUGAUUUUUGUCAGCUUGAAAUGCGCAUUCUGGCUCAUCUCUCGCAGGAUCCUGCAUUGCUGAAAGUGAUGAACACAACCCGCGACAUUUUCACUGCAAUAGCGGCGCGCUGGCACAAAGUAUCAGAAAGUGCGGUUUCGGAACAGUUGCGCAAUGGCACUAAGCAAAUAUGCUAUGGCAUAGUAUACGGCAUGGGCAUGCGUAGCUUGGCUGAAGCAUUGAAAUGCACAGAACAUGAAGCGAGCUCGCUAUCCCAGCAAUUUCAUUUGGCUUAUCCUGGCAUAAGAGCUUAUGCUGAUAAAAUAGUGAAAUUUGCACGCAACCACGGGUAUAUAGAAACGAUCACCGGUCGCCGUCGUUAUCUGGAGCAUAUCAACAGUGGAGAAUCUCAACAAAAAAGCCAAGCUGAACGCCAAGCAAUAAAUUCGACGAUUCAAGGUUCUGCGGCCGACAUAGCAAAGAAUGCUAUUUUACGCAUGGAAAAGAACAUCGAAAAGUACCGCGAGAAGUUGGGCAUUUCCAGCACAAAUGAGGUACGCUUUGUGUUGCACAUACACGACGAGCUGGUGUUCGAAGUGCCCGCAGAUAAGGUGAAAAAAGUGGCGAAAAUAUUGAGCCUCACCAUGGAGAAUUGUGUUAGACUCAGCGUACCACUAAAAGUUAAGCUAAAAGUAGGCAGGAGCUGGGGUGAGCUGAAGGAAAUUAAAUUGUAAUUUAUAAAUAGUAAAAUUUGUUAACAUUUGAAAAAUUAUUAGUUAAAUAUGAAACUUGCCUAGUUCUUCACUCCGCUCAUUAAGACGUACACAAAAGUUAGAUAUUUAUUUUAAUUUAUUUAAUGAACUUUCUACUUGAAUUGUAAGCUACUUUAAAUGCAAGCUGAUUUCAUCAAAGUUUGAUUGUUGUCAUGCAGUAAUUAUGUGCUACACCAAAAUA